UCCUAUGUAAUCAUUAGAAAACGUGUGUUUUUUUUUUUUUUUUUUGUUUUUUUUUUUUUUGACAACCUGUAGAAUGAAAAAAAGUUCCGAGAUAGAUACCUUUAUCAUUUGUUUGAAAAUAACACGAUAUAAACUACAUUCUGGGAAAGUGUGAACAGUGUUGUCUUUGUUUUGAUUCCUCCAUACUACCUUAAGCAUGGUUUCUUUCGAGCACUAGGGAUUCAUUAUAUCAAAAAAGAAUAAUUACUGCAAAUUAUAUACUUGUGAAAUGAAAUAUUAUUAAAAUUUUGCAAAACGCCGUGAUCAGAUAUUUUAAAGUUUUUACAAACGAUCGCCGUUAUUGGAUGUUAAAUAGACACAUUGUGAAGUGAAGUAUCAUAUUACGUAGUCGACAUUUUGUCAGUAGCAAGUUAAGUAGUUUCAUAUACAAGUACAAACAACCUGCUAUACCCCGAAAUAGCUAAAGUGCCUAUGUGAUUUACGUAGUACCUUCACAAAUGAAAACCAAACAACAUGCAUAAGACUAUUCAAAUGAAGCGGAGGAAUUUCAGGCAGGACGUUGUACGCCUGCUUCCAUUUAUUAUUGUACUCGGAAUUGUAUUCCCAAUGUUCUGGUACAUAUACCCAAACGUCAGAUCUUUAACGCUUUAUGUGAAACCAAUCUUGUUAUAUGAUGCUACAGGUGACACAAAAGUUGUUCUUCAAAAGAUUAAAACUUUGACAACUCUUCAACACUUGCACACUAGUACGCAAAAAACUGUUGAACUAAUUAAAACUUUACAUACUAGUACUAAAAAAUCUGUUGGACAAACACAAAUAGACAGGCAACAGAAAUGUACUGGUUGUUUCUCAGAAAGCUUUAACUUUAUCAUCAACAAUGAGGACAUUUGUAAAACAAGAAACGAGUCUAUCGAUAUACUGAUUAUGAUAACAUCUUCUCCUCAAAAUAAGUUGAGUCGAAACGCUAUAAGAGAGACUUGGUUGACGCAUACAAAAAUGAACAAAGGACAUAUAAGAUACGUAUUUCUUCUUGGCGAAUCGCCAAUGACUAAAGAGUUAGAGAAUGAAAACGUCCAAACCAAGGAUAUUAUUUUGGGAAACUUUAAGGACGCGUACAAUAAUCUCACUUACAAAACAUUGAUGGGUUAUCAAUGGGCAACAAAACACUGUAAAAACGCACAGUUCGUUAUGAAAACAGAUGAUGAUAUGUACGUGCAUAUUCCUGGACUAAUUAGAGUCAUAAAGGAAAACAACAAUGCUUUACAGACUGCCGUUGGAGGAAGCUGUGCUCAUUUGGCACAUCCUAUACGAGAUAAACGGUCAAAAUGGUAUGCUUCCUUUAAAAGUUAUCCACAAACAACAUAUCCAGGGUUUUGUUCGGGUACUGGAUACGUCACCAGUUUGAACGUUGUCACAAAAAUAGUGAAAAUAUCAAAAGAUGUUCCGUUUUUUCAUCUGGAAGAUAUUUAUGUUGCUUUGUGUAUAAAAAAACUUGGAUUAAGAUUACAUCCUAUUAACGGUUUUAUGCUAGCUUAUGAUUUUGGCAAUUGUAAAAAUAACGAUAAAAAAUUAGUUACUAUUCAUCAAGUGUCAGUUAGCAUGUUGAGACGUAUUUGGGAAACACCUUGUACCCCAAAUAAAGUAUAAUUGUACCAUGAAAAAAUACUCAAUAUAUAUAAAUAAAGACACCGUUCUAUUGUGGAAGACUCCUCAUACCCAAAUAAGGUACGCAAAACGUACGUGUGGCGUACUAAAUUUAAAUUCUUGAAUCUAUGAAGAGUGUAUUCAUCAUAAAAAAUUAUUAAGUAUAUAUAUAUAUAUAUAUAUAUAUACAGUCACCGUUUUAUUGUUGAAGACAACUUAUACCAAAAUAAGGUAUGAUUUAACCAUAGAAUAUUUGUCCAUACAUAUAUGUAAAUAUAGACACAAUUCUAUUGUUGAAGACACCUUCUACUCAAAUGAGGAAUAACUAAACUAUGUGAAAGUGUAUUAUAUACUUUAAACCAACUUAGUUUUGCGGACACUUUAUUACGCGUUUAGCUCUUUCUAGCCCAACCGCUGUCAAUUGAACUUAGAGUAAGUUGCAUUAACGAUGACCGAAAAGCAAGGGGAAACAUAACAUCGGAAAAACAGGUACAAAAUCACUUUUUGUGAUGAACUCUACCUUUUGGUCCCUUAUGAUUUAAUCAGCUAUUCAACGUUUGAAUCAAGUUUUGGAUUUUCAAAUAUUUUGGCCAAGAGCAUCACUUAAGAGACAUUUAUUGUCAAAAUGCGCAUCUGGUGCAGUAAAAUUGGUACUGUUAACGUCAUUUUACAACGCAUAGCGUAUCUUUAUACCAAAAAUAUUUGGAACGUAUUAUUAUACCAAAAAUAUUUGGAACGUAUUAUUAUACCAAAAACAUUGUUAAAAAAAUUAUUGAAAUUACACGAGAACAUCAAUGUUUAGUGAAGAUCAUAGCGUGCCAAAAAAAUAACUUCAUAGUGUAAUUUGAACAUUGAUAUUGCAUACUGUUGAUCUACAAUAAGUUUCAAAAUCACUCAAACCUCAUCAUACAGUAUGUCAUGGCUAAGAGCAGUUUUGUUAUAUUCAAAGGAAACCUUUAUUUAUUUGGAAUAGACUAAGCACUACAUUAAAAAUCAUGAUAUUGCUUUGUUGACAUUGUUGUUGUAUGUUAACCAUCUUAGCAUUAAGGUCCAAUGUUUGCUAGAUAUUGCAUACCUUCUGCAGCGGACAACAAUUCUCGAGUUCUUGUUUCGAAGAUUUAGAACAGGAUUGGGACCUCAAUUCCAGGUUAUAAUUAGUCAAACAGCGGCGCUUAAUGUUAUGUACAGAUGAACAUGAAAAUAUUUAAGAAAGCAAAGGAAGUACUUCCGGGAGUGUGAUUAUGAAAACUGUUUAUAUGUUUUGUUGACUUUCUAGUUUUAUAGUCACAAUUUAAGACUUUUAUUCAUUAUCAUGCAAGAUGUAAUUAAUGUAUCAUCCAUUUUUGAUAAGUAAAGCAUUACGUAAAUAUA